AUGGUCGAGUUGGAAGCAUGUUACACAUGCCGGCAUCGUCGAGUACAAUGCGACAGAUCCGGUAUUCCCUGCGGUAAAUGCGUAAAGAGUGGAUUCGAAUGUCACCAGAAACGGCCUAUCAGAUGGGUUAAGGGUGUCGCCAUUCGAGGCAAGAUGCAGGGUGUGUCGUACAGUCGCUUGAACAACCCGGCAGGCGAUGAGCAGGGCCUGAUCAAGUUGAGACGCCGAGGUCAACAAGGUUUGCCGAUCGGCUUAGGGGACGCAUCGAUGUCGAGCUUGGACCGAGUGUCGAAAUUUUAUCUCGACUAUUUAAAGGAUCCCCUCCUGCUCAGCACGGUUCUUGCUCUCGCAGCAAGGCACAGAGCAAAUGAAGGCCAGACCUUUAAUGGCAUGGAAGCACCAGUUCCUUGGACUGACAAUGCCCAACACAAUGCACUUGUUUUCAAACAUCAGGCGAUACAUGGCCUGUCUCAAAUCGUCGGGGAUCCAGAGUCGUGCAGAUCAGAUCCGACUAUUGCGAGCAUUUUCCUUCUCAUCUUCCUUGAUCUGGUAGAGUCAGGCAACGAUCGGUGGAAUGCCCAUCUGGAAGGCGCAAAAGCUCUCUUGUCUUUGAACAAGUCGUUGUCGCAAGUCCACGAUCCUGGCCAGACAGUACAGGAAAUACGGAGCUUCAUCACUAAACAGAUUUACCUAAUCGAGACACUUGGUGGGACCUUUGUACGGCCGAACCUAUUAUCAAAUUUUCCUGCUGAAGAUAAAGUUAAAAUGGGUCCAGAUAUGGUCGAACAGUCAUUUCUCGGCUGUCCGGAGCAGCUUCUUAACGCGGUCCAAUUUUUCUCUUCCCAACGAGAUCUUGCUACUGCCGGACAGGCAUCUGAAGUUUGUAUCCGCAACACCUCGUUCAUGAUAAAAUCCGUCCAUAGCUUUCAUGGCUAUUCCUGGGCUGCAAAUCUCCGUCAAUCCACAGUGUAUGCUACCCACAAUCUUGCGACUCUUGCUGAGUGCUAUAAGCUUGGUGCUCUCAUCUACGGGCGGCGCGUUCUAGAUAUGCUUUCUGGUCGAGACACUUCACAAGAGGAGGUGGUGCAGAAUCUCUUUGCCACCAUCGAGACACUCAAACGGGAUGCCGCAUUGUUCAAGUGCCUCCUGUGGCCUAUUUUCGUUGCUGGUCUUGAAUGUCGCUCCUCAAGUGAACGAGAAUUUGUCAUCCGAGCUUUGGAACGGUUUUGGACGAUUACCUUGUGUUUGAACACGGUCAACGCUGGGAAGAUCCUGCAGUCGCACUGGCAGACUCAGGACGGUAAUAAGGACAAGUCUUCGAAUUGGGUACUCGGCAUAGGGCAAUUAGGAGAAGACUGGCUACUCAUUUGA